CCCGGCCCGGAAGCGCUCGCGCCCGAGACCCCCGGGCGACCGGGUCGGGAGCUACCACCUACAGCGAGCGUGGAGGUCGCUGGGGUCCCUUUAGUUUCGCGCUCCCCGCAUCCGCCGCCAUGGCCUGGACCAAGUACCAGCUGUUCCUGGCCGGGCUCAUGCUCGUCACCGGCUCCAUCAACACGCUCUCCGCAAAGUGGGCGGACAACUUCGUGGCCCCAGGCUGUGGAGGGAGCCAGGAACACAGCUUUCAGCAUCCCUUCCUCCAGGCAGUGGGCAUGUUCCUGGGGGAGUUCUCCUGCCUGGCCGCCUUCUACCUGCUCCAGUGCAGAGCUGCAGGGCACCCAGACACCAGUGCGGAUCUCCAGCAGGCCUUCAACCCCCUUCUUUUCCUGCCCCCAGCCCUCUGCGACAUGACCGGGACCAGCAUCAUGUAUGUGGCCCUGAACAUGACCAGUGCCUCCAGCUUCCAGAUGCUGCGGGGAGCAGUGAUCAUAUUCACAGGCCUGUUCUCGGUGGCCUUCCUGGGACGGAGGCUGGCCCUGAGCCAGUGGCUGGGCAUCCUCGCGACCAUCGCAGGGCUGGUGGUCGUGGGCCUGGCCGACCUGCUGAGCCAGCACGACAGUCGGCACAAGCUCAGCGAAGUGAUCACAGGGGACCUGUUGAUCAUCAUGGCCCAGAUCAUCAUCUCCAUCCAGAUGGUGCUGGAGGAGAAGUUCGUCUACAAGCACAACGUGCACCCUCUGCGGGCAGUCGGCACUGAGGGCCUCUUUGGCUUCGUGAUCCUCUCGCUGCUGCUGGUGCCCAUGUACUACAUCCCCGCCGGCUCCUUCAGUGGAAACCCUCGCAGGACACUGGAGGAUGCGCUGGACGCCUUCUGCCAGGUGGGUCGACAACCGCUCAUCGUGCUGGCGCUGCUGGGCAACAUCAGCAGCAUCGCCUUCUUCAACUUUGCGGGCAUCAGCGUCACCAAGGAGCUGAGCGCCACCACCCGCAUGGUGCUGGACAGCCUGCGUACCAUUGUCAUCUGGGCCGUGAGCCUGGCUCUGGGCUGGGAGGCCUUCCACCCGCUGCAGAUCCUCGGCUUCCUCAUCCUCCUGACGGGCACCGCCCUCUACAACGGGCUGCACCACCCGCUGCUGAGCCGCCUGUCCAGGGGCCGGCCCCCGGCAGAGGAGGGCGAGCAUGAGAGACUGCUGGGGGGCUCUAGGACUGCCAUCAACGAUGCCAGCUGAGCCUCCUGCGGGGCCUCUGCUGCCACCUGGACGCUCCUUGUUCACCCUGAGGCUGAGGCCACGUGGGCUGGUGAACCUCAAGGGCCCUGUCCCCAAGGCCUCGCUCUGCCCCCUCCCUAUCGACCCCGCCCCCCCCCCCCAGGGCAGCUGUUGCCACAGAAGAUGACACAAUACCCAGGUCCUCCUUUGUCACCACUUCAUGCAGAAAGGUCUUACCCAGCUCCCACAGGCCUGAGUGCAGUGCCCCACCCCCACCAGGCUCCCCUAGCCCUGCAGCCCCUCCUGCGACACUAGAGCUAAAUCAUGGAGUAGAAUUGCAGGAACCAGCAGCCCUAGGGCUUCCUCCUAAAUCAUAAGCCAAAUGUGGUUCUCCGAAGAGGAGAGCUCAGUGAGCAAACUCUAACAGAACUAAGCACCAUAUUUUCUAAAACUUGUAAGCUAUUCCCUAACCCUGUCCAGAGAGUCAGGUUUCCGCCGGGGCCUUGCUGAAAACUCUGUGUGUGCUCCCCAGCCCUGUACCUGGUCACUG